CGGAAACGGGAAUCUAAUCUUUUUUAAAWUGRCGGAAACGGGCAAUGGCGGAAUCGCUGAUUUCAAAUUUUGGCGGAAACGGAUUUUUGGACAGGGUGGAAGGCCAUUAUCCAUUCAUCAUAUUAUCCUUCGUCAUACGUAUCGUCGAAGCGAUGGGAAAUGCGGCAUUUUUGACAGCCAGUUUUGCCAUCAUUGCUAUGGAGUUUCCAGACAACGUGGCUACCACAUUUGCUUCUCUUGAGACGUUUUUUGGACUUGGACUGAUUGUUGGACCAACUGUCGGUGGAGCUUUGUAUCAAGUCGGAGGCUUUGUAACUCCAUUUUUAGUUUUGGGUUCUACGUUAUUCCUUUCGGCUGUCAUGACAGCGUUUGUUUUACCCGACCACCCGAAUCGUAGAAAUGACGUUACUAGUGAUGCUAGUCUGUUGAAAGUAUUAAAAAUUCCUGGUAUAAUGUUAGCGGCUGCUAGUAUUAUCGUGACGUCUAUGAGCAUYGGAUUUUUGUCGGCUACCUUAGAACCACAUCUCAGACAAUUCAAAUUGUCUCCAAUGAUCUUGGGGCUGAUGUUUGUCAUAAACGGUGGAACUUAUGCAUUGACAGCGCCCUGGUGGGGUUGGCUGUGCGACAAAGUGCUGCCUGCUAAGGUCGUCACGUUGCUGGGGUGCAUCAUACUCAUGAUUGGAUUUAGUCUUAUCGGCCCGGUACCAUUCCUCGACAGACCGACAGAAUUUUCUGUCACCGUACUAGGACUGGUGAUGCACGGUAUGGGAAUCGGUGCACAACUUGUUGCAUCGUUCACCGAUGCUUUGCGGACUGCUAUUCAGCACGGGUUUGCCAAUAACCUUGAAACUUACGGUCUGAUAUCGGGACUUUGGACUUCCACUUUUGCACUUGGAGCUUUUAUCGGUCCUUCUAUUGCUGGUGUGCUGUACGAUAUCGUAGGUUUCGGCACAGCUACUUUAUUUGUUAUCGUCUUAUCUGCUGUUGUGGGGGUAGCCGUAACGCUGUUUUUGAUUUUCUCUCGGCCACCGAGGCUGGUCAAGGACGUGCACAGUCUCGAUAACUUAAUGGAUCCACUGGUAAAAUCCGUAACGGAGAACGGUGGAGGGUACAACGGUCUCAUGACGUCAGCGCUCACGUGCCCAGUGCCCCCGGAACGACCACCGGGUAUGGACGGCAUAAUCGCGUGCAGCAGUUACAAGAAUCGAUUGGGCACRUGGAAUCGGAAGGAAAGCGAACUGGUCAUUGGCAGCCACAUUGGAAACAGCUACGCCGACGAGACCAGAGGUCUGCUGGGCUGACGACAGAUGCACGUUUAAUGAUUAUUACGUUGUUAUAAUAUCAUGGUAUAUUAUUAUCACUAUUACCAAACGUUGCUUCUAUAAUCUACUAAUGUACUCGUAUAAUAUUUUAUUUUUUUAAUUGUAUUUUUUGUUUUUGAGUUUUUGAAAUAUUGAAUAAUGAUAGUCGUGUAAGCAGUUUAGGUCAGUUUUCACCCUUCCCCUCACACUACUGUAUUUUAUUCAUCAUAUAGAACUUUACCAACACACUUUACAGUUAAAAACCGACUUUCCGGCGUGACCACCAAAAUAACCACCUCCCAUUAUUUAGGUAUAGUCACCGUCAUCAAUAGUGUUAUCAUUGUGCCAUUGUUGUUUAUAUUAUUAUAUUACUAUUGUUUUGUUUUUUUUUACUUUUUUUAAGCCCAUUCAUCGGAUUCAUAUACUUUUAUUGGUUUUAUAAUAAUAAAAAUAAUAAUAAGUUAAAAUUUUAGUUAUUAUAUUAUAUUAUAUACUUACAUAU